ACAUCCCACCACUAGUGCCAUGUAAAAAUAAAGCAUCACUAACAUCCCAGGUGCCGCAUAAAUGAUGCUUUACAACCACUAUUGGCCCUUGCACAGCAAACACACUGACUUCCAGUUCUGUUAUCUUGCCACUUUGGAGUUUAUGUAAAUUCCUUGUAGGAGGGUACCAGCUGCUUUGUGUUACAUUUCUUUCACUCUCUAUUGUGUUUAUGAAAUGUGUGCAUAAUACUGCUUUAAUGUUAUUUCAUUAUUACUAUUGACAUAAAUUAUUCUGGUUGAGUAUGCCACAAUCUAUUACUAAAUUAUUCAUUUGUCAGUAUAAGGUUUGGUUGUUUUAAAUAAUAUUAUGAAUAUUCUUACAUAUGUAUUUUGACUAGGUGUAUAUUUGCAUUUGUGAUGGACACCCACUUCUUAGGGAUAGAGUUGUAUAACUAAACUUUCAGUAGAUAUUUCCAACCGGGUUUCCAAAUUGGUUGAACCAACUUGCACUACAAAUAGCAAUAUUUUCAUUUACAACUUUGUCUACAUUCUUUCCAAAACCUGUUCUCAUUGGCAACCACUGUGUGUGUGUGUGUGUGUGUGUGUGUGUGUGUGUGUGUGUGUGUGUGUGUAUACAAUGCAGGCAUGUUUGGACCAAUACAUUUGUGGAGGUCAGAAGACAACUUUGGGAUAGCCUUCCACCUUAUUUCAGACAGGGCCUCAUAGCUACUUUUCUACUGCACACACCAGCCUAGCUGGUCCCAGAGCUUCUAGGGAUUCUCUUGUGUCUUCCUCCCAUGUCCCUAAAGGAGAACUUGGAAAUAUAGAUGUUCCUGACAUGAGUGUCUAGUCCUUAUAUGAGUUCUCGGGACUUGAACCAGAGUCUUCGUGCAUGUGCAAACAGGUGUUUUUACACCAUCACAACAUCUUCCAAGUUCAAAAGCACUUUCAAACCUUUUAAAAAAUGUUAACCAACUUGUUUAUUCCUAAGAAAUAUUUUUAACUAUGAUCAGCUGAAUUGUUAGCACCCUCAAGGUUUAUAUAUUUGAGCCCUGGUACCUACUACCAUGAAAGCUGGUGCUAUUACAUAGGACUUUUUCUUCUCUUUUUGAGGGGUGAUCUUACCACACAGUCCUGGAAGACCUGAAACUCAUUCUGUAGACCAGGCCAGCUUUAAACUCACAGAGAUCCUCCAGCUUCUGCCUCUCAAGUGUUGGGUUUAAAGUUGUGUGCCACCACACCCAGCACAGAUAACGCUUCUAAUGAGAUUAUUAUAUUACAAUGUGUGGUUAGGCUAGACCCUUAAUAACAAGGGAUUUGGUGUCUUUAAGAAACGUUUAGAGAGGGACAAAGGAAGAGAGGGGAAGAGAGAGAGACACAGAUGGCAAUCAAGUGAAGAUACCAGAGGAAGAAGUAAUCUGUGAGGAAAAGACAGAAACCACACAAUAAAAUUAUCCCUGCCAAUCCUUUCAUCUUAAGCUUCCAGAUUUUAGAAGGGUGAAUAAUUUCACUUAAUAUGAUUUCUCAAUUUUGUGUUGUCAGCCUUAGUUCACUAAGUAUUUCAGUAUUUAGGUGAUCUGUAAUGAUUGCUAAUUGUGUACGCUAAGAAGCACACUUAAAAUGACCUCAAGUUCCCAAUCUUUACUUAUAACUCUGUCACUGCAUUGAACACUUAUUUAAUUAAACCAAAAGCUUCUUUUAGUGUUUUGUUAAUAAUAGUUUAAUUUUUAAUGGAUUUAAUGAAUGGCAUUUUUAUUCUUUUUUUAACAUCUGUUUCAUUCUAAAGCUUGCCAACAUCCCACACAUGUUAAAAUGGUCAAGGUUGGUGAAUUUCAAUUUCUGUAAAUGUUACCUUAAAAAACGGGCCAUAAUUGAGUCAGCUUGGAGCUUGGAGCUCAGAGCUCAGGGAAUCUCACAGAAGAGGAGGAGGAAAUAUUGUAGGAGUCAGAGGGGAUGAAGGGGAACAUGGCCCACUGUAUCAACUAAGUAGGGCUCAUAUGGACUCUCAGAGUCUGAAGCAGCAAGCACAGGGCCUGCAUGGGUCUGCUCCAGGUCCUCUGCAUAUGUUAUGGCUGUUGUAUUGAUAUUCUGUAGGACUCCUAACAGUAGGGGGGUGCCUCUGACUCUUUCAUCUGCUGUUGGGACCCUUGCUCUCUUAUUGGAUUGCUUUGUCCAGCUGAGUCAGAUAUGAGGGCUUUUGCCUUGACUGAUUGUAUCCUGUUUUGUCCUGUUUGGUUGUUGGAGGCCUGUUCUUUUCUGAAGGGAAGCUGGAGGGUGGAUCUGGGAAAAGGGGAAGCUGGGAGGAGUGGAGGGAGGUGAAGCUGUGUUCAGGAUACAUUAUAUAAGAGCAGAAUCUAUUUACAAUAAAAGAAAAGGGGGCAUAGAAAAGCAAGUAUUUGUUGGCAACAGAGGGGAAGGAAAAUCACAAGGGAAACAAGGUAAUAUUUUAAAUCUGAGUAAUGUCUAUGUAGAAGUUUAUCUCAUUUCCUUUUUUGUGUUAGACAUUUCUCAUGACCAAAGUGUUUAAUAUCUCCUUGGGAAAACAGGCUUUUGGGAAGUAAAAUCAACUUGACUCUAUUCAAAAGAAAAAGAGAGCAAGCAAAGAUGCAUUCUUCUGUGAAGAUCUAAUACAAUGUACUAUAAAAUGUAAUUUCUAUAAAAAGGGAGUCACUUGACAUGGUCAACUGGUGUCUUUGGGGGUAAUAUCAAGAUAUUACCACAUAAGUACCAAUGCUUUUAAAGGAACUUUCUUUGUCUAGAUUGAGUUUAACACACGCUGUAAUGCUGAUGAAAAUUUGUUUUGACAUUGAGAAUGUUUUAUAAGCCAUAUUUGAAGACACCUGGUGCUACUGUAGCCACACAGAGUGAAUAAAGGACUUCGGGAGAUACGUAUGCUGUUAAACUGGAAUCUUCUCCAAUUCUGACUUCAGACUAUGGGAUUCCACACUGCAGGAGAUUAGCUUUGCCAAUCUUGGUGCUCCUCAGGCCAAUCCAACCAACAAACAUUACUAAGCAACCAUGACACCAUUCGGAAGGAAUGUUUAGAAAUGAUCUAGAAAUGACCAAACCCAUCCACAGUCUUUAUGACUCUUGGUUUUACUCCAUUAGUUCCAUUUGCUAUUCACAUACUCAAGAAACAUCCAUACUCAGAAAUGGUUUUUCGAAUAAACCUUGGAGGAUUGUGAUAUUGAUAUUUUCAUUCUCUUCAGUCCAUUGGAUGCACAUAUGUGAUUUCUAACUAUAAGAUGACUUCAACCAUCAGAUUUUAAUUUUAUUUAUUUUACUUAGAAAUAUUUUAAAUAUGUUCUAAUUUCCCAUCUCCUAUUGUCAUGGCUCUUAUGUGAAGUUAAGUAUUCUCAGCCUUAAUAGAAUUUAUCUUUAAGUAAAUACAAACUCCAUCGAAAAUCAACUAUAUUUAGAAUAUCUUAUACUCUUGUAUGUGUACUCACUCACAUUUUAAGUGAUAUUUAAAGACACUUUCCAAUGUAUGUGAUCAGUAAAGGACAAGGCAAUAACAGAAUAUAACCAUGAUAUUCAGUCACUGAAUUCCAUGGUGUAUUUAACUGUGACCCCUUUCACGUUGUCUGCGUCUGUUUAUUGUUUUUUGAGACACAGUCUUUCUUGCCUCAAACUUGCUAUCCUUCUGUCUCAGACCCCCAAGUUCUGGGAUUACAGUUGUGCACCACUGAGCAUUCUUGAAUGUCAUCUUCUGUAUCAUGCCAUUUCUAAUAACUUUGGUCUUUGGUCAACCAACAUGGGGACAUUUUGUCCAAUGAAAGGUUAUAGUAAAACACUUGGAUUUCUCAAAACUAUGACUAGUUCUAUUCACUUAGAAAUAAAGUUAAAUCUUAAAGUUUUUAUGACAUAUAUCAAUUGCUCCUAAUUCUUAUUUUAAAUUAUUGAGCUUUGUUUAGAUAUUGCAAUCAUAUGUACCUUUUGGCCACAGUUUCCCCCUCAAUAGCCUUAUGAUUACCAUUACUGUUCUCAUGUGGCCUUGUAGCAAAGUAAUUCUGUUGUUCAUGCCAUUUAUGAGUCAUGUAUUUUAGAGAACUUAAUGUCUAAUUCAACAUUGAUGUUUCUGACCAACUUUCACAUUUUAAUAAUUUGUUGAUGUGUUUACUGAGACAAACAGUGUACCUCUUAAACUCAUGAAUUUAUAGCUCUCAUCAGAGAUCAGUUGCACUGCUAAAGAAUCAUAGUGGAUUGUGAGCAGUUUGAAUGGCCAGAAGAGUGAUUCUUAGAUGUUACCACACAUGAAAGACUGAAGUAUGGCCUCCCCUUAGAUCAGCAGACAGUUUGACUCAAGAUCUAGAGUGAGCUUGAAAACCAACUUAAAAACAAAAACACAAGUAUGCACACAUAAUCAAGACCCCUAAGAAACCCUUUACACAGUCAGUUUGAGAAACAUUGACUCAACUUAAAAAUCUUUAUAAUGCCCAGAUUUGGAUAAAAGUCUUUAUAAUGAUCAGUCUUUAUUACGUUCAGUGUUUAUCUGAAAAUAGCUCAUGAAGUUAUUGAUUUGAACGCAUGGUGGCGGUGUAGGCUAAGAGAAUGAGAAAGAAGUCUUUAGAGUCCUUGGACUCCCUGGUUUGCCUAGAAACUGAAGCAAAAUACAGAACCGUUCGCUGCUGAAGCUAAGACAAAAGCAUUCUGGAGAAGAGGAGUCACCGGGAACUUGUAAGAUCAAAUCAAAAAAUUCCACAGCAAAGACUUUCCGGAAGGCCAAAGUUACCUCCGUGAUUAAGAGCUGAAAGGGAUUUUUCCCUCCUGUACCAGACCUAACACUAGAGAUGCCACAAACAAAGGAGCGGGGCAAGGCAAGGCAAGUGAUGAUUUUAAUUACAUUGAUGCUUUUGUGGGAGGUGGGUUCAGAAUCAAUUCAGUAUGCCAUGCUGGAGGAGACAGAAAGCGGCAUCUUUGUGGCCAAUCUGACUAAGGACUUGGGACUAAGGGUGGGAGAAUUGGCUGCUCGUGGCGCUAGAGUGGUUUUCAAGGGGAACAGACAGUAUUUGCAGCUUGACCCACAGACCGACGAUUUGGUGCUAAAUGAAAAGCUAGACCGGGAAGAGCUGUGCGGCUCCACGGAGCCUUGCAUGCUGCCUUUCCAGGUGUUACUAAAAAAUCCUUUGCAGUUUUAUCAGGCUGCAUUGAGAGUUAUAGAUAUAAAUGACCACGCCCCAGAGUUUCCUGCCAGAGAGGUGCUCCUUAAAAUAUCAGAAAUAACUGCACCGGGAAAGAUAUUCCCUUUGAAAAUGGCGCAGGACUUAGACACUGGCAGCCACAGCAUUCAGAGUUACACUGUCAGCGACAACCCUCACUUCCACGUACUCACUCGCAGCCGCAGCGAUGGCAAGAAGUUCCCUGAGCUAGUGCUGGACAAGGCACUGGACCGUGAGGAGCAGGCUCAGCUCAGACUAACACUUACUGCAGUGGAUGGCGGGUCUCCGCCCAGAUCAGGGACCACUGAGAUUCAAAUACUUGUCUUAGAUAUUAAUGACAACACUCCGGAAUUUGCUCAGGAGCUCUAUGAGGUCCAAGUCCCAGAGAACAACCCCAUAGGCACACUGCUUAUUACCCUCUCAGCAAGAGAUUUCGAUACAGGAUCCUUUGGAGAGGUUUCUUACGCACUGUUGCAAGAUGAUGAUGUUAACGAGCCUUUUGUAAUAAACACAAAGACAGGGGAGAUUCGACUGAGAAGCACGUUGGAUUUUGAAGCAUUUCAGUCCUACCAUGUGGGUGUUGAGGCCAUAGAUGGUGGUGGGCUAACAGGAAAGUGCUCUUUAGUCGUGCAAGUAUUGGAUGUGAAUGACAAUGCUCCCGAAGUGAUCCUAUCCUCACUCAACAGCCCCAUCCCUGAAAAUUUGCCAAGCAUCAUAGUGGCAGUAUUCAGCGUUUCAGAUGCAGACUCAGAAAAUAACCAGGAGGUUACGUGUUCCAUAGAUGACAAUCUUCCAUUUCUCCUAAGACCAUCCAUGGAGAAUUUCUAUACUUUGGAAACAGAUGGGGCACUGGACAGAGAGAGCAGAGCUGAGUACAACAUCACCAUCACAGUCACCGACAUGGGCACACCCAGGCUCACAACACAGCACACUAUAACAGUGCAGGUCUCAGAUAUCAACGACAACGCCCCCGCCUUCACACAAACCUCCUACACCCUGUUUGUCCAGGAGAACAACAGCCCCGCCCUGCACAUAGGCACCAUCAGCGCCACAGACUCAGACUCAGGCUCCAAUGCCCACAUCACCUACUCUCUGGUGCCCACCCACGACCCGCAGCUGGCUCUCUCCUCGCUCAUCUCCAUCAACGCAGACAAUGGGCAGCUGUUCGCGCUCAGGGCGCUGGACUAUGAGGCCCUGCAGACCUUCGAGUUCCAGGUGGGCGCCACAGACCAAGGCUCUCCUGCGCUCAGCAGCCAGGCGCUGGUGCGAGUGCUGGUGCUGGACGCCAAUGACAAUGCGCCCUUCGUGCUCUACCCGCUGCAGAACGCCUCUGCACCCUGCACAGAGCUGCUGCCCAGGGCGGCAGAGCCAGGAUACCUGGUCACCAAGGUGGUGGCAGUGGACCGCGACUCUGGACAGAAUGCCUGGCUGUCCUUCCAGCUGCUCAAGGCCACGGAGCCCGGGCUGUUCAGCGUGUGGGCUCACAAUGGCGAGGUGCGCACCUCCAGGCUGCUGAGUGAGCGCGAUGCUCCCAAGCACAGGCUGCUGCUGCUGGUCAAGGACAAUGGAGAUCCUCCAAGGUCUGCCAGUGUCACUCUGCAUGUGCUGCUGGUGGAUGGCUUCUCUCAGCCCUACCUGCCUCUGCCAGAGGUGGCGCAGGAUGUAACACAGGACGAGGACGCGCUCACUCUGUACCUGGUCAUUGCCUUGGCUUCUGUGUCUUCCCUCUUCCUCUUGUCUGUGCUGCUGUUUGUGGGGAUGAGGCUGUGCAGGAGGGCCAGGGCGGCCUCUCUGGGUGGCUGCUCUGUUCCUGAGGGACACUUUCCUGGUCACCUGGUGGAUGUCAGCGGGGCAGGGACCCUGUCCCAGAGCUACCAGUAUGAGGUGUGUCUGAGGGGAGACUCUGGGACUGGUGAGUUCAAAUUUCUAAAGGCAAUUAACCCCCACUUCCCUUCUUUGGAAUCUGAGAGGAAAACAGAGGAAACUCCUACUCUUUGGAAUAGCUUUCUAUUCAUCUAAAUACCGUAGUGUAGUAGUAAAUUCUGUCUAAGCUUAGAAAUACCUUUUAACCUGAAUCUGCAUGCUAUUUAUGUAUGUUGUGUGAGGCAUUUGGUAUUACUUUUUAUAAUAUUUCCUGGAACUGAAAUUCAGUGGCUCAUGCCUGUUAGGGAAACUCAACCUCAGAGCUAAACUGUCAACCUUUUUAUUUACUUAUUUUUUCUAUUUUUGAGACAUGCUCUCACUUUGUAGCCUGUGGUCGUCGGAAUCUUGCUAUGUAGAACUGGCUGGCCUGAAACUCAGAGACCCACUUGCCUCUGUCGCCUUAGUGCUAUGAUUAGAGACCUUUGUCAUCAUGCCUGGUCUUGCCUGUCCUGUUGCUAAUAUUCUUGAUAUUAUACCCUUUUUUCAAGACAGGGUUUCUCUGUGUAGCCCUGACUGUCCUGGAACUCUCUCUAUAGACCAGGUUGGCCUCAAAUUCAGAGAUCUUCCUGUCUCUGCCUCCCAAGUGCUGGGAUUUAAGGCAUGCGCCACCACUGCCCAGCCAAGAUUAUACUUUUAAAAAGUCAGUUUCUGGAGAUUCCACUAGUUUCUCUAUUAUGCUUUUUAUGUUUUUAAGUUAGUGGCACUAACCUGUGUUUAACAAUUUAAGGGAAAAAUACUCUUCAGUAAAAUUUGAAAUCAAAUGAUCUUUUAAAUAUAUGACCAUGUAAAGCCUUUGAGAUUGCAUUUGAAACAAGUGAUUAAAUUAAUUUCCCUAUUAGUGUGUAGGAAUACUUUAAAUGUGAAUAUUUGAUAUUUCUGAAUUUUGCAAAUUUAGUCUCAUUUGGGGGUAGCUAGUUAUUUAUGUGCACCUCUAAAUAUAAAAGUAAGGAAAUCUAAGUGCUAAGACACAUACCUUAUUUAUGCAUAAUUAUGUUUCAGUAUAUCUUAAUAGUUAAUGUAUCCUUGAAUAUAGAUUUUUCUAAACUAUCAAUAGUUUGUGAGCCUUGUGUAAGAGCAGUAUGAUCUUUUAGCAUCAAGGUAUUUACAAAUGCUGAAUAAAUAUUUGCUGAACUGUC